GUUGUACUGGUAUAAACAGCAGCCAACAAUCGGCUUUCGUCAGUCGGGAACGAAUUCUGGAUAAAGUGCUUCGAGUUUCUUUUGUGUUGACUUCUUUAGUGAAAACCUUUCCGAAUAAUUCAAGUACUUUUCUUGUGCGCAUUCCACUCUUCACUCUGUCUUGACGGAGGACAUCGACGAAGAAAGUAAUGAACACCGAAACGUCGGAAGACAUGUCGAGCUUAAGUACGCAAGCGAAUCACGAGGCUGGCUCUGAGACGAAGAGGAAAUUUCUCGCAGCAAUUAAUUUAACGCGCGCGAUGAAGUCGAAGGACGAAGAUUGUGUGAGAACAGAAAACUGCGGCCUUCCGACCACAAUCGAAGUUUUAACUUCAAAUGGACAAACCGUUCCUUUGCAACGGGCGACGACACAGGAAACUGACGUGGACGAGGCUUGUACUCUCGGAAAUGAAAUUACUCUCCUGGUUAUGGACAGUUUUCCCAAGCAGUUUUCUGGUACUCGCACGGAUUCCAAUGUAGACUUUUCUGAAUCCGUUGCACCAACGGAACUUCCGGUGGCAGAAUUUCAGCAUAAAAAUGACGCCGGCGACUUAAGCGAUGAUCUUUCGUGGCUGAUAAAUUUUAAACCUGGCGCGUCGUCUAUCGCAGCUGAAGUCGAGGACGGCCACAAAGGCGGAGGAGGUAAUAAUAAUAAUGGCCUCAUCGACAACCGUCAGCAGCACCAACCUGACCUGAAAUUACCAGUUCGGCCGAAGAGACGCCGUCAACGUAAGAGAAGAGCGGAAAAGAUCAAAGGAACGGCAAUGGGUCAUCCUGUUGAGAAAAUACGACGACCGCCGAACGCCUUCAUGUUCUUCUCGAAUGAGUGGAGGAAGAAGAUAGCUGCCAUCUACCCCGAAGAGAGUAACAGGCAGAUCAGCGUGAGACUUGGCGGAAUGUGGAAAGGAAUAGAAGGAGUGCACAAGAAUGUGUAUUUUGCCCUCGCACGCCAGGCAGAAGCGGAGCAUAAGAAGAAAUAUCCAGAUUACGUCUACAUCCCCGUGGAGGCCCGCACGCAGAAGCUUCUUCGGGAGCAGGCCCGUGAUAUGAAAUUUGGGAGAACAAGACGCCUCACGACGGCGCAGACCAGCAGCGCCCGUCCCCUGCCUGCCGAAGAACAUCAAAAAGGAGGAACCACAGGCACACCGGGUGUCGCUUCAUCAGAGGGACAAAACAAAAUCAGCCAGAAUUCAGCGCCUUAUAACACGCAGUCGGCCACAGCAGGAAUCUCUGAGCUUCCGUUGUGA